UAGAUCUACAAGCUGAUUUUUUUUAGAGUUUAUUGAAAAAUGGAGUGUUUACCAUCAGAGUUGAUCACACAUAUUCUAAGAUUUCUUAGUUUUUCUGAUCGUCAGGAGGCAUCUCUUGUUUGUAAGAAUUGGUACAGUGCAUCACUGCAUCCACUUUUGCAGAAAAAUGUUGUAGUAAAAUGCAAGCCCCCAGAAAAAGAUGCUCUGCCAUUUGGUUUAAUAACGCAAAGGUUGACCCAUAUAGAUUUUGGAGACUGGGGCACCCGGUCAAUCUCAGAAGAAAACCUUGUGUCUCUGUUAAGCAAAUGUUCAAGUUUAAUUGUACUGGACUUAUCUCGCUGUGACCAUCUGUUUUUGUCUGGCCGGUUGUUGGCCGGGGAACUGGAUAGGAAUGCCCUGAAGAAGUCGCUGAUUAACGUCAGAGAAUUGAAGUUGGAAUGUCUGAGGCACAUGACAGAUGUCACGUUUCUAAGGCUUGUGAGUGUUUUACCAAAUAUUCAGAAAAUUUCUCUAGCUUCAACCCAAAUCAUUUUUGGCAGUACCAACUACAACUUUGACCCCAGCAGCCCUGUGAUGCUCCAGUUUUCAACCAUCUUGAAGUUUGUUUAUGAGAGGUCAAAGAGAAUAAAAGCGAUCGAUCUCGGCUACACCAACAUACCUAAUAACGCCCUGGAUACACUGGCAAAGAUUGAUGGCUUGGUCUUAGAUGAAAUUUCACUCAAGAGCUGUCAAGAAAUUUCUGACAAAGGGCUAGUUAUGUUUGUUUCAAAGCAACAAUCUUUGAAAAUUUUGAAUAUAAGUGAUUGUAAAGAGAUUGGGAAAAGCAAAUCUUUUUUUAGCUAUCUUGCUAAAUGCCUCCCACAGCUCCAUACCCUUAAGUUGAGGAAGUGCCCCAAGUUGGGUGAAUGUGAUAUUGAAUCGCUUGGCGACUUUAAAUCACUUUCUAACCUAGAUCUUGGUGAAGCUAUAAACCUGCAUGAUAAAGACCUAAUCAAAGGUCUGUGCAGUAAAGGGCCUCGCUUGUCUAGCCUGUUUAUGCCAUUUUGUCCUGAUAUCCAUGAUGAGUUCGUCAUUCAACUGUGCAACAGUAAUUAUGCGUUAAUUCACCUAGAUCUGAGCUCAUGUUUGAAGCUUACAGAUUCUGCAGUUCAUGCAAUUACCAGAACUCUCACUAUGCUGCAAACACUUCGUCUCCCUUAUUGCAGGGAAAUCUCAGAUGUUGGAAUACUAGGUUAUAUACCAGAAAAUGGAAUUGUUCCCAAGUUUUCUUUUGAUUUUGACCACGAUGGAUGUCCCUGUACUCGGGAAAGAGAAAGCAAAAUAUUUCGCAAGCCGCAAGGUUUGAUAAAAGAACACAGAUCUUGUCUUGCCAAAGCCCAUGCCAGUUUAGAAAAAGGAGAAAAGAUGUUCAUGCUUUCAAACUUGGAGCGUCUUCAAGUUCUUGAUCUUUCAUCUUGUUCAAGGCUUACAGAUUUGGCUUUGGCUGAAGCAGUAAAGUUUAAAGAGCUGCGCAGUCUUUUCCUGAAUGGUUUGCCCAGAGUGGUUGACAAAACGUUGGCAGUGAUUGCCCACCACAAUCCAAGCCUGGAAGAUGUGAACAUCAGAGCCAGUAAAAUCACAGAUACAGCUGUUGGCGAGAUCAUUAACCAUUGUCCUCGUCUGAAAAGCCUGGAUAUAAGUCAGUGUGAUGGCAUCACUGAUACAUGUCUAAAAAUCAUUUCACAGAAAGGCAAAAGGCUUCGACACCUGGAUGUCUCCUUUUCCAACCUAACACCACAAGCUGUGGCUGAUCUGGAGUCUCGUUUGCCAAAUCUAAAAGUGGUUUUCAAGCCCCACCUUUAUUAACUGGUACCUGUUAAUAUUAUUUUAACAGAACCAAGAAAUUUACCAAUAAUUUUAAUUAUACCAAGGUAAAGGAUCUUUUCUGUAACUAUAAAAUAUAUUUUAAACGGCAUAGCACUACUUUAAAUUUUUAACCAUGUAAAUGUAAUACACAAAUAAAUAUAUAAAUAACUUGUAUAAAACAUGUUUACACACUUUUCACCAGUAUAAAUAUGUAAAUGAGAUUGUGUAAAUGGCUGUCUUGUUGAUAUCUAAAAAAUUAACUUUAUUCCCCGUUUAAAAGCACAUACUGAUCUGUUAAUAUACUUUUAAGCCUUUUGUUACAUAUUGUUUUUAUCAUUUUCCAGGUAUUAUUUGACAAGAUUUUUUAAAUUUUAUUUUGACUUUUUUAAUUCUGAUCUAUUGUAUUUCAUUCCUUUACUUGGCAUUAUUGAUGAAAAUAUUUGUGUACAUUGCUAUCAGGUCUGUUCAUACUAAAUACAUUUUACUUCACUGAUAUCUGUUAUGGGUCAAUUAUAUUUUUUGACAAAUAUUUUGUGUAUAUGUUACAAAAAUGUUGAUGGGAUAUGCUUAGAUUGACUCUUUGUGAUUGCACAUCAUUAGAAAUAAAAGUCUGAUCAAAGAUGACAGGAUCUUGAGGUAUAGAAUUUAAAUAAAUCACUUGUCAUGUUUUAAAUUAUUGGCUUUGUUAUUAAAUGUAGACAUGAUCUAGGAUAAAAUGUGUGCUUUAUAUACAUAUAAUUUUGCUUGCACACAAUCAUGUACAAAUGUUAUAGGCCUAUGUAUAUGUUUAUACAAUUAUGCACAUCUUACUUUAUUUUUGUAAAAGCUUUCAAAUCUGUGAUCCGUUGUUUUGUUCUUUUCUUUUUUUCAAAUAUUUCCAUGAUUUAUUUGUUACAAAAAAUAAACAAUAUUCUGACAUGUAAAUCCUUGAAAAUUAUUGUUAUAUGACAUUAUUGGACAAUGUUUCAUAUAUAUAUUUAUGAUAAAUUGAUGUACUUUAACUAGUAUCGUUUUGUUGAUCAUACUUUUUUUUUAAAGUUGUUAGGGGUAAUGACUAUAACUUUUAGAAUUAAUACAAGAUUUUUUUUUUACUUCUGUUGUGGUUGUACCCAAGUGUUUGAUUCGGGAAAAAAAAAUACAAUAUUGUUUCAUAUUGAUUUACACAAGAUACACAAUCUUAACCAGGAUUUUUAUAAUAAUUUUAGUUUGAUUUAUUUAUAUAUAUUUAUAUAUACCAAUAGUCAUAAUAUCUAGUAGUUCACUACAUUUAAAGGAGGCUGAAUCAGUUUAUAAAAAUAUAAGCGUGCCCAUUUUAUUUUUAACCUAAGAUAUCACUUAAAAUUAAAAUCACUAAUUUGAUAUAUUUAUAAAGCUAUUAUUUAAUUUAUUAUUGAAAAUUAAUCAAAACCUGAGUAAGUGUUCAAAAUAUUGAAGACAAAAAAAUGGGUGCGGUUUUAACAGACUUUUUACCAAGUGAUUUCAUGUAAUGUAGUACUGUGAAAUAACCAACGUUUGGUUUACAGGACCAGCUGUGAUUUAACAAGUUUUAGUAUAUAUUCACCUUUUAUUUAUUUGUUGCUUAUACAAAUAAAAAACACAAACG